AUGUCUUCUUGCGAAAAAGAAGUCAAGAAGAUUGGCAGUAAACUAGAAAAAUUAAUCGAGGCCAAACAAAAUGACGAGGCGCUGGAACUACUCGGGGUCCUCGCCAAGCAGCCGAUUACAGUUCUUGUCUUGACGAAUACCCGGAUCGGCGUGACUGUAAACGAGCUGCGCAAGAAGAGCAGUGACGAGAAGUUUGCGAAAAGGGCGAAGGCGCUCGUCAAGGAAUGGAAGUCGAUGUUCGAGGGCGGCGACGCGAAGAGCUCCCCGAAACACGACAAGCCCAAGGAGAAAGAAGUCGUCAAGUCUGCCCCCGCAACCACUUCAGCGCCUACGCCCACAGCUCCUCCAGUUGCCAAGCCGCCUGCCGAGAAAGCCUCGUUCUCCGGCAACUUCCCACCCGAUGAGCUGGCCGGCGAUGAGAUUCGAAUCAAGGCCUGUGAGCUGUUGCUCACCUCGCUCAAGUGCAAACCGCUCCCGGAGGGCACGCACGACCCGGAGGAGUUGGCGAUAAAGAUCGAGGCCAAGCUGUUCGAUUCUAACGGCAAGAACAGCAGCGAAAAAUACAAGGCCGCCCUCCGCUCGCGCGUCUUCAACCUGAAGAAGAACGACGCCCUCCGCGAGAACGUGCUCACCGCCGUCGUGUCGGCCGAGAAAUUUGCGGUGAUGACAUCGAACGACAUGGCGUCGGAUGAGGUGAAGAAGCUGCGCGAGAAGUUUGCCCAAGACGCCAUUCGCGACGCCCAAGUGUCUGUGCAACAAGGCACCCCAUCGGAGAUGUUCAAGUGCGGCAAGUGCCAAAAGAAGAACUGCACAUACACCCAGCUGCAGACGCGAUCGGCCGACGAGCCGAUGACGACGUUCGUCUUCUGCCUCGAGUGCGGCAAUCGGUGGAAAUUCUGC